UUUUCUCUAAACCCUUGUACAAUGUACUAGACCAAGUCCUCACUCCUUAACAACAGCUGAUAUAUAUCCAAGUGUUUCUAUAAGAUUAGGGUUUCUCUUUCCCUCCAACUCCCUCUCUCUCUCUCUGUAUUUCUUUUUCUCUCUCUGGCGAGAUCCGAUAGUGUCAACUAAUGCAAUAGACGACAAAGUUUAUGCUCAUCAUGGAAGCUAAUAAUUCUAAUGUUUCGCGAGCUGAAGAACUUAAACUCCUUGCAAAUGAAGCAUAUAAAGCUCAUAAAUUUGCUCAAGCUAUUGAUCUGUAUACACAAGCGAUUGAAGUAAACAGUCAGAAUGCUGUGUAUUGGGCCAAUCGUUCAAUUGCCCACCUUAAACUGGAGGAAUAUGGCAGUGCCAUACAAGAUGCUUCUAAGGCUAUUGAAGUUGAUCCUAAAUACUCAAAGGGAUAUUACAGGCGAGGUGCAGCUUAUCUUGCUAUGGGGAAAUUUAAAGAAGCACUAAAGGAUUUUCAGCAGGUCAAAAGAAUCUCUCCAAAUGAUCCUGAUGCUACCAAGAAAUUGAAGGAAUGUGAGAAAGCAGUGAUGAAGCUUAAAUUUGCAGAAGCAAUUUCUGUACCAGAGUCUGAAAGGCGUCCUGUAGCUGAUUCUAUUAAUUAUCGUUCUAUAGGAAUGGGCCCCAGUACAUCAUCAGUGUCCGCCGAAGUUGCCGUAGCAGCACUGGCAAUGACAGUUGGGGCAGCGAUGGUUAUGAUGAGAACAGCAGUGACUGCAGUUAUGGCCACAGUAGUGGUGGUGGUCAUGGUGGCCCUGGGGGCAUGUUGGUGGCGUGGCUUCCAUGGUGGUGUCUAUACCAAGAGUCGAGUACAUGACCUAGAUGUGGAGCCACAAUAUUCAGGUGCAAGGAUAGAAGGAGAUGUUGUUACUUUGGAUUUUGUGAAGAAAAUGAUGGACGAUUUCAAGCAUCAGAAGAAUUUACACCAACGAUAUGCCUUCCAAAUUGUCUUACAAACGAAAGAAAUGUUGCAAGCCCUGCCUUCUCUUGUCGAUAUAAACGUUCCUAAGGGCAAUCAUUUUACUGUUUGUGGUGAUGUACAUGGUCAGUUCUAUGAUCUCCUAAAUAUUUUUGAGCUUAACGGGCUUCCUUCAGAGGAGAAUCCAUAUCUAUUCAAUGGAGACUUUGUGGAUAGGGGAUCUUUUUCGUUGGAGGUGAUCCUAACAUUGUUUGCAUUUAAGUGCAUGUCUCCAUCAGCAAUAUAUCUUGCAAGAGGAAAUCACGAGAGCAAGAGCAUGAAUAGGAUAUAUGGUUUUGAGGGCGAGGUCCAGUCCAAGUUAAGUGAAAAAUUUGUGGAGCUGUUUGCUGAAGUGUUUUGUUGUUUACCGCUGGCUCAUGUAAUAAAUGGGAAGGUUUUUGUAGUUCAUGGGGGUCUUUUCAGUGUUGAUGGGGUUAAACUCAGCGACAUUAGAGCAAUUAAUCGGUUUUGUGAACCCCCUGAGGAAGGGUUGAUGUGUGAAUUGCUGUGGAGUGAUCCACAACCUACACCUGGAAGAGGCCCGAGCAAACGAGGUGUAGGCCUUUCUUUUGGCGGUGAUGUGACAAAAAGAUUUUUGCAGGAAAACAAUUUGGAUUUAGUUGUGCGCUCUCAUGAAGUAAAGGAUGAGGGAUAUGAGAUUGAGCAUGAUGGCAAACUCAUCACUGUCUUUUCUGCUCCAAAUUACUGUGAUCAGAUGGGUAACAAAGGCGCCUUUAUCCGUUUCGAAGCACCAGAUUUGAAGCCCAACAUUGUUACUUUUUCAGCAGUGGACCAUCCUGAUGUCAAGCCGAUGGCAUACGCGAAUAACUUCCUCCGACUCUUUCAGUAAUUUAUGUGGCUGAGCAGAAGGGCCAACGCAGUGUCUAUUUUUCGCUAUCUGACAACUUUCCCGCUGAAUACAAAUUCGUUUCCGAAGGCUACUGGAGAAGGGUUGGUGCAUGUUGACAUGCACUAUCUAGCUGUGAUUAUUUCCGUCUUUUGAUUUACCUGUCGUUCUUGUACUUCUCACCAGUGGGAAGAAUAUUUCAGGCAUUUUCUUUGAUACCGUUUGUUUGAUCUUGUGCUUGCCCGGAAGCGAGGCUUAGAUGAAACUCAUAAGCACAUGAAGAAUGACUGCCAGCUAAAAGUUCAUGGCGUUUUCUCUGUGUUUAUUUUAUUUAUAUGAUUUUUUCCCCUCGGGUUGUUGGAGAUUCAAGUACUGGCGUAAAUAU